AUGACUCGUAAACAUUCUAAUUUUACUAAUCAACGAAACAAUAACCCUAGAGGAAAUCGAAGCAGAAGAAAUCGAGGUAGAGGAGUUGUAAGUGGAAAUACUAAUAAUGACUUGCACCAGAAUAACCAGAAUUACAACAACAAUGAGUGUCGUUCGCAGCGAACGAGUUUAAUUUCUCAAGAUUUAACGACCGCUGUUGAUGCCGAGGAAUUAGAACGACGUAAAAAACGUGCUGAACGAUUCGAAAAGUUUUUGGAACCACAACAAUUAACUUCAACAGGAAUUGAUGCUAAUUUAGCUUACAAUAAAAGUAGUUCUGAUAAAAGUAGUAGAAAUGUCGACAUCAUUUCGAACAAAAAUCCUAAACAUGAUGUUAAAGAACACAUCAUCACAGAUGAUUAUAAAGAACCUACACAAAUAGACAAUGUAUCAAAUUUUUUUGAAUUAUUAUUAUUAGAGUUAAGAUUAGUUGACCUCUUAUCGUCUAUGUCAUCAUCACCUACUAUCUCAAAGCCUUUGUCUAACACUAAUCCAAAUUCAUCGCCUAAUAUCGUUAAGAGACAACCAAGACUGAAGGCUCAUGACUGGUUUAUCGAAAAAUCUUCACCCAUGAGACUAUCCGAAUUUGGAUAUUGGGAUAAAUUAUUUUUGAUGAUGGACAUGGAAUAUAAUAAGGAAAAUUAUGAAAUAGAAAAUUAUGUGAAUGAAGAUGAGUGGGUGAAAUUAGUGAAUAAUGGUCUGAAAAAAUUAAGUAUUGAUUAG